GCCCGCCCGCGCCGCCGCUCGCCCCGGGCUACCGGAGCUGUCGGCGAUGGGCCCGGGCUGGCGGGUGGCCUCGGCCGUGCUGGUGGGCGGCAGCGUGGGGAUCUUUGGGGGGCUGAGACGGGCGGCACUGGCCCUGCCCCGUCCCGCCGCCGUGCGGAGCCGCCCGGGCCGCGUCUGGCGCUGGCGGAACCUCCUGGUGUCGUUCGCACACUCCGUGCUGGCCGGGCUAUGGGCCCUCUUCAGCCUCUGGCACUCUCCGGAGCUGCUCUCCGACAUCCAGGACGGCUACAGCGUCUCGGGGCACCUGCUGGUCUGCUUCUCCUCGGGCUACUUCAUCCACGACAGCCUUGACAUCAUCUUCAACCACCAGUCCCGCUCAUCUUGGGAGUACCUGGUGCACCAUGCCAUGGCCAUCUCUGCCUUCCUCUCGCUCAUCAUCACAGGCCGUUUCCUGGUGGCAGCAAUGCUGCUGCUGCUGGUGGAGGUGAGCAACAUCUUCCUCACCAUCCGCAUGCUGCUGAAGAUGAGCAACGUGCCUUCCCCAGCCCUCUACGAGGCCAACAAGUAUGUCAACCUGGUGAUGUACUUCGCCUUCCGCCUGGCCCCCCAGUCUUACCUCACCUGGUACUUCCUCCGCUACGUGGAGGUGCAGGGCCAGGGUGCCUUCCUCACUGCCAACCUCCUGCUGCUCGAUGCCAUGAUCCUCAUGUACUUCUCCCGCCUCCUCCGCUCUGAUUUUUUCCCUUCCCUGCGCAAGGGCUCUGCAGGGAGAGACGUGGAUGGUGAGAAGUUUCUGAUAGACUGAGACGUGCGUGCCGAGGGAGACCCAAGCUUUGGCUCCUGGAGGUCUUGGGCUCUCCAAACCUGCUCUGAUGUGCCUUAGGGCUCACUCCCUGGCCACGGGCCCUGCCUUCCCCCACGCUCAGCUGCCUAAAAAGCAUUUCCCUGCUGGACCAGCCUGACAGCCUUGCCGAGCCACAGGGAUGCCACCAAAGCCAAGGGCACGGCUGAUGGAGAAGCAGCCCAAGCUGACUUCUGUUCAGGCAGCUGGAGGGCCAGGGGUGGCUGUGUUUUGCCCGGAAAGGGUUGUGAGAGAUCGGAUGAGUUCCCUCCUGUGGUGAUGUUGGGUGUAAUGUGCAUUAAAAUUGGUCUGUAUACUGCUGCCGCA